AUGUCGAAAGCUGCGAAAAAAAAGUCGAGUAAGAAGAAGUCUGGAUCUGAAGCUGUUCAGUUUGAUCAAAAGACGAUUCAAGAGUUUAAGGAAGCAUUUGGAAUAAUGGAUCAAAAUAAGGAUGGCAUUAUUGACAAGCAGGAUUUAAAAGAUCUUUAUGCAAUGAUGGGACAGAUUGCAUCAGACGCACAAAUUGAAGCGAUGAUUAAAGAAGCUCCUGGACCAAUCAAUUUCACAGUUUUUUUGACCCUAUUUGGCGAAAGGUUAACAGAAUUGCAAUCUCAAAUAAGUAACAUUGAAAAAACUGAGCAAACACAGAUGCUAAAAGGUGUUGUUUCAGGAACAGAUUCAGAAGCAACAAUAGUUGGCGCUUUUCAAAUGUUUGAUAAAAGAAAUUCUGGUAAAAUAUCAGAAGAAGAACUGAUCAAGAUUUUACAAAAUAAACGAGGAGAACCUUUUGACGAUGAUGAAAUCAAAGCGAUGUAUAAGGGUAAACCACCAAUUGAGAAUGGAGAAGUUGAUUACAAAGCAUUUGCUCAUCUGAUCACAACAGGAGCUGCUGAAGAACUUGCCAAAGCUUAA